UCUUUAGUUUAUUAACACUUGGCUCUUUGCCUUGCCUUUGCUCGUUUUAUUUAUUCAUUUAUUUUUUGGGGAAUUUGUGAAUCUCCCGAAGCAUCUCAUCCCAGUAAGGGCAUGUUUAUGUUUCUCCUCUGGUUCCGCUUCCUGGGAUCAUGUAAAAAAUGAAGGAGCGGACAACGUCGUAACACCGACAAGCGUCAGCUGGAGGACGCAUGAGCACUGAGACUAAUAAUUCACAACGUUGAACACAUGCAACAGCAUAAAGUGGUGGUGAGUGAAUGACUUGCAUACAGCAUGAAGUAAAAGUACAAAAGUAUCUGCAGUAAAACAAACAAAGCACCAAAAAGUACUCAUGUUGCAGAAUGGUCCAUUCAGAGUGAUGUAUUGGAUUAUAAUUACUGAUGUGUUGAUGUGUACAUUACUUCAAAGGUGGGGCUUAUGUUAAUAACUUUAUACAGACCCACUGCCUGAAAUACUGUAGUGGAAGAAGAAGUGCAGUAUGUCCCCCCCCACCCUAGUAUAGAAGUAUAAAGUAUAAAGUAGAAAUUGAACUACUUAAGAACAGUUUUAUAUAUACUGUCAAUGAGUACAAUACAAGAGUAAACCACUGGAAUAACAUUAGCCUAUAAUAAGUGCAUAUUAAGCUUUUACACACUAGAAACAUGGGUUAAUAAAUUCUGAUGCACUAAUAGACUAUUAAACUCCUACAACAGCCUUUAAUGACUUAAUAACUAGAUCACCUGACUACAGCUACACCACACCCCUCACACGGUAACAUGUCACCAGAUAUAUCCCCGACACUGGUCAUUUUGCUGUGUAAGUGGCGCUGAUAAUAUAUAAUUAUUUUUUACUUCUUUGUGGCCCACUGCGGGUAAAACGUAUGACGUCACCGUCCGCUCCCUCGCGGUGCCGUCCUCGCGGGCAGCAGCAGCCGCCGCACUGCUGUAAAUGGUGAAGUCCUCAGCGUCGAGUACAGCAGCGGAGGGCGGACUGAGGAGCGCUCCGUACUUGAGGAACAAAACAAGAAGCCGUUUUUAAAAAGCAGGAAAUUAGACUUCGGGACUUCGUGUGAAAAAGAUUGAAAAUACCAGCGUGUCGCUCCACCCACCGCACACCUUUGGCUGAGGAACUUGCAGAGCCUGUCGGAGCUUGCCAGGAGCAGCAGGUUUAGUGGAGAAAUACCUGUAGAGUGCAAUGGCUCUGUUGACCCUGCAUAGGAUCCCAUCCAUCUCCACGGCUCCAGAUGAAAGCCUCCAAAGAAGAGGGAGACUUCAGAAAAGGGAGAGCUUUGCCCUUGUGAAGGGGGCUGUCCUCCUGCUGGAAGAUGGUGACAGGGCAGACAUUAAUGAGGAGACUUCUCCAGCUCCAGCGUCUCCUGUGAAGGAAGGGAAUAGAGGGUCAGACACGCGCAGCAGACAGCUUCAUGCCAUGGUUGAACUUCUCAGACCAGAAGAUACCAUCAAGCUGGCGGUGCAGUUGGAGUCAGUCAGCCCGACCAGAGUCAGGUAUCUGAUCGUUGUCUCCACCCUCGGCAACAAACAAGAGAGCAUCCUGCUGGGCAUGGAUUUCCCCAACUCAGACAGUGAUCAGUGCACAAUCGGCCUGGUUCUGCCAGUAUGGAGCGACACACAGGUGUACCUGGACGGAGAUGGUGGUUUUAGCGUGACGUCAGCUGAAGAGACCAGAAUUUUUAAGCCUGUUUCCAUGCAGACCAUGUGGUCAGUGCUGCAGGUGCUGCACGGCUGCUGUGAACGGGCAGUCAAGGCAGUGGUGAUCCCAGGCAAUGGCCUUGAGUGGGCCCAGCACUACCACCAGCACGUCGAGUCAGACCGCUUCUGCCUCAACGAGUGGGAGGCCAUGAACGACCUGGAGUCGGUUCGCAGAGACGGUGAUGGACAGACCUCGGCAGACAGAGUUUCCAACGAGGGACUGAUAAAAGAGCACCUGAGAGACAUCAUGAGGACUGAAGACCUCGAUAACCUUACGUCUAAAAUGGUGCACUCUGCCCUGGAGACCAGAAUAGGCUUUGACAUGAGACCUUAUAAGGAGUACAUUGACAACGAAAUCCUGGUCACCAUGGCGCAGAUGGACAAACCCUCCAAAAUAUUUGACUACCUUUACCUGGGCUCCGAGUGGAACGCAGCUAACUUUGAGGAGCUGCAGAAAAACAAUGUGGGCUAUAUUCUGAAUGUAACGAGGGAGAUUGACAACUUCUUCCCAGAGUCCUUCAACUAUAUGAACAUCAGAGUGUACGAUGUGGAGGCCACCGACCUGCUCCCUCACUGGACAGACACAUACAACUUCAUCAACACUGCAAGGAAGAGCGGACAGGCGGUGUUGGUGCACUGUAAGAUGGGCGUUUCUCGCUCUGGGUCCACGGUGAUUGCCUACGCCAUGAAGCAGCAGCACUGGUCACUGGACGUGGCAUUGGCCUACGUUAGGGAUCGCCGCUCCAUCGUCAAGCCCAACGAGGGCUUCAUGAAGCAGCUCCAGACCUACAACGGCAUCCUCAACGCAAGCCAGCAGCGUCACAGCGCACUCUGGAGGCGAAAGUCUAGAGAACAAAGACAAAAGUCAGUACGCAAGGAGGAAGGAGGGGAGGAAGGAAAGCCAGAGGAGGAAGAGGAGUACGAUGAGGGACUCGAUGAGGGACUCGAUGAGGGACUUGAUGAUGAAGAUGACGAUGUGGAUAGUCCGGAUGAAAAAGAUUAUUCAGAGGAAGAAACAGAGGUGUUUGAAGGGCACAACCCUCAGCCUGAUACCAACCAGAAACCCGGGCAGACAGAGCCCACAGGAGUCAGCCCUGUUAUAACAGUGAAUGAACCAGACAAGGUCGCUCCGAGUGUUAAUCGCAGUGGCAGAAUGAACCUCUUCUCCCUCAUGCAGUCCAUUAGCGAACUAGAUGAUGUGGAUAAAGGACAGAUUCCUGGCAGUCCGAGGCGGAGACGUAGUCACGGGCGAAGGGGUCUGAUCCACCAGAGAGCAUAUGUGGAUGUUUCACCUGAACCUCGAAGCCUGCCGGACGCCGGUCAAAGCAAAACCUAAAGAGAUCAAAAAAGAUGGAAGAGCAGGGAGUUACAGGAGGGAGAGUGACCUAUAAAGGAGGCAGAGAGGAAGUUCUGAAGGAGACAACACCUGAAGGAAAGUGUGCUCCGGUAACAUGCCAAGGUUUUUUUAUACACUGAUACGCUCUGGCUUUAUAUUUUAGAUUAUUUAAAUGAUGAAAGUUUUAAAGGUCUUUCUCUAUCACAUUAUUAUUAUUAUAACUGAUGGUUCAAAGUUAAAAAGGAUCUUGCUGCAGUAUUGCUAUACCAGUGUAAGCCAGAAUAUCUGAUGGUUAAAGUGAUUUUCAGUGUAUAUUGUUGUAUUAUCAUGUUUAUUUUCAGUGUUUUUAGAAACAUAUCUUGCCACAUAUACGGUCUCUCCCUCCAUGUAGCGAUCUGCCCUUCUUCAUUUAUCUGGCACCACUCCAGACUUCAUAUCUAUGCAAUUACUGUUCUUUUAUGAGGCUGUAUGCUGCCAAUCCAAGGUAGACGGUUUAAAAAUGUGUGGAAUAUUCUCUCAUCAGAAGACGUUAACGUUGUUCACUGAGUGGAGGAUUUCACUGUAUCCAAGCUGUGCAUUAUGGACCAAGUCAGGGCCAGUUCUAUGGCACAAACCUGUCUGCCAAACAAUUUAUUCCAGUGUGCCAAUGAAUAUAUUUAACUGCAAAUCUAUGUCAGUAUGUUAAGAAACAAUGUCACCCCUUUUAUUUUUAUUCCCUCUAUUUAAACACCGGGACUUUAUGAGUGCCUUCAACCUGAGAAUGAAAUAUGAACUCUGACUGGUGUUUUUAAUGUUUUUACUAUGAAGUGAUGGCUGCAUAUCGUAUCUAUCUUUGCUGUUUCUCACUUGGUUUGAUUGCAGUAUAAAUGUGACUUCCCAAGGUUUUUGCAUGUAUGCGUAAUGCAUAUAUAGCAGCACAUAACUGCUGAUGACCUGGGUGCAUGCGUUUUUCUACCAACAUGUGAGAGCAAAUUGUUCAGGGUUUUCUCAUGUAUUUAUAUUGACACUUAAUGGGUCGAGAUACAUUAUUCAGUAUACUGUUUUCAGACUUCUGGUCACUAGAUGCUGAUGUGAAAUAUUCUUAUUUCAUGCUGGUGUUACUUUUGAUCCAGUGAACCCCCAGCUAAAGCUUACCCCGUUAAACCCGCAUGCUCACCGUUAAAAAAACAUGCACUUUAUAAUCCCACAACACACACUGUUCCCACAGCCUGAGCCAACGUCACACUGUAUUCUGAGUAAAGAAUUGAAUACUCUUGUCUCUAUGCCUUGUUGUGUUAAGCUCACCACUGUCUGCACCUCUCUCGUUUACAACAAGCCCUGUGAGUGACAAAUAAAAUGAUGAUACUCUUACCACCAA